AUGGGGGGAAUUACCUCCCGUCGCAACAGCAACCGCAGCAGCAGCAGCAGCAGCAGCGCCAGCUCGUCAGCAGCACGACCAUCCCCAUCAUUAGCAGCACAAUCUCCUUGUGUUGCUGCUGCAUCGGAUUCUCCAAUGCAGCAGCAGCAGCAGCAGCAACAGCAACAGCAGCAGCAGCAGCAGCAGCAGCAGCAGCAGCAGCAGCAGCAGCAGCAAUGGGAGGAAUUAUCUCUUCAUUCGAUGUCCGAUGACAAUUUUGACCCUUUCGAAAAUUUUGGCGAAUUAAAUAAAAAAAAUAAAUCUCCUGCUGCUGCUGCUGCUGCUGCUGCUGCUGCAGCUGCUGCUGCAGCAACAACAGCAGCAAUAGAUGCAGAAGCAGCAGAUGCUGCAGCUGGACCCCCUUCUCCAACUUCUCAACCAGCAGCAGCAACAGCAGCAACAACAGCAAAGACAGGAAGAAAGGGCAGACGAAGGACAAGUCCUGUUGCUGCAGCAAAUGCUUCUAGUUCAGCAGCAGCAGCAGCAGCAGCAGCAGCAGCAACAGCAGCAGCAGCAGCAGAAGAAGAUGACGAUGAGUGCAGCAGCUUCGAGGAAGAUAUUCCCUUGGAUGCUGCCUCUCUCCUCUCCUCUUCUUUCUCGUCACAGAAGCAGCAGCAGAAGCAGCAGCACAAGCAGCAGCAGCAGCAGCAGCAGAAGCAGCAGCAGCAGCAACGCCGUCGCUCCUCUGGUGAAGCAGCAGCACAUUGUGAAGGCCAUAACAGCCCCGCAUGCAACGACAGCAGCAGCAGCAGCAGCAGCAGCAACAGCAGCAGCAGCAGCAGGAGGAAAAGGUUACGAGGGGGCCCGUCAACUAUUGAUAUAGAAGAUGAUGAUUGCUGCAGCAGCAGCACAACAACCAACGACAGCAGCAGCAGCAGCAACAACAACAACAGCAGCAGCAACAGCAGCAGCAGCCUUCCUUCCGUAGACGAAGCAAACAAGGCUACACCAUUAAGCGCAAGGAGACGAAUGGCAUUAAAUAAGAAGAAACGUUUGCUGCAGCAAGAAGCAGAAGCUCUUGCUAAGGAGGUUGAGGUGCUGCGGCGAGAGGAGCAGCAAGACUCAGAAGAAACAAAGCAGCAGCAAUGGAAGGCAAUGCUGCUGCAGCAGCUGCAGCAAAAAGCAGCAGCAGCAGCAGCUGCUGCUGCUGCUGCAGAGACACCUGAAGAGGACAGCGUGCGUUUGGCUGUGAUGCGUCGUGAUGGCUCGGAGGAAAAAAACAAAAAAUUCAGCAACGUUAAACUACCAAGGGAGGCUACAAUAGGACAAGUUGCUGCUGCUAUAGCAGCAGCAAUAUCUCUUCCUGUUUGCUGCUGCUCUUUGUUAGUGUUUACUCUUGAUGGAGACAGAAUACCUCAUCAUACACAAUUAGGCAGCGAAGAACUGGAUAUAGAAGACGGUACUCAAAUAGAUGUGCUGCUGCCUGCGCCACAAGGACCUCUUCCCCAUCACCAUGGAGCAGAGGAUUCACAGCAGUCUCUCCCUUCUCAGCAGGUUGAGCAGCAAGACGCAGUCCCCCUUGAUGACGCGCUGUUAGCUGUCUGUACACAUGCGGUGUUCUGUUUAUACCCUCGUCGAGUAGUCGACGAGAGGGCCCCCCCUGGGGCCCCCUGGGGGCCCCCAGGAGAAUCUCUUGACCAGCAGGAUGGGGAGGGUACAGGAGAUGAGGGUUGUUUCUUGGGUAUUUAUAUAUCAACUCCUCAUCUACGAGCUGUUGAGGCAGACAUAGCGGAUACGAGGUCUGGUGGAACAUUACAUUUUGAUAAAGAAGGAGAUGAAUUAUUAAUUGUUGGGACUCUAAUGGAUAGUAGUCAGCUCGCCUUUCAAUAUCGAGAGAAAAUUUCUCCUCCAACAAAUCAUCCUUGGGCAUACUUCUCAGAGCCCGAUAACGAGGUUGAAGUAGGUGCUCGUGAGGCUCGUCAUGGUACAAGUAUGGAGACAUUAUUACCAUGGUAUAGAGAUAACAGCAGCAAACACUAA